AUGCACGCUAACACAAUUGAAAGCAAAAGACAUGAAUUCAUUUUAAGAAGUCAUAAAUGUAGCUCUGAAAAUUACGAAGGUGAAGUGCUUAAUAAUGAUGACUAUGAGGAUGCUUACAUAGAUAUUUCUGGAACCACGGGAGCUCGACUAACGAAUGUAUCGAGAACGGAAUAUCAAGAGAUGUAUGAGAAUAUGAAUGAAGAGCUGAAAUGGAGGCUUAAAUCAGGACGAUAUGUGGAGGAUGUCAUUUAUGAGUUCGGUUGUUUGCAUCAGUUUGAAGACUUGUCGCACUCAUUCAUCAUCGAUUUGGAAGACUGCCAAAUUAUGGGACUCUUCACAGAUGAAGAAAGAGAAGAGAUUAAAUCUAAAAACAUCAAAUAUGAUCCAGAACUCGAUAAAGAUGUGACAAAUGUGCGUGAUAUUCGUGAGAUGAUGGCACAGUUUUCAGUACGUCAAGGUGCUGGAUACACUGUUCAAAAGGACUUUUCGACUGAUAUAAUAAUUUAUGCUAUUCAUAGUCUGGGGAAUCCUGCAAUAUUGCAAGUAGUGACAGAAAAAAACAGAAAACGCAAGCGCAAAGACAAAAAAGCACUUGAACGACAUUCUGAUGCGAUCAUCAGAAAGAAUACCAAUGGUCAGACAUUGAAAUUCGGAGGUUCAGAAGUAGGGAGGUUCUAUAAUAGACGCGUUAUGAUGCUAAUGACAUUGGACAAUCUGGCUGGAUAUGUUAUGCGUCUUACCAAGAGUGACAUCUUUAAGAUCCCAAAGGAUGUAGAGUCGUUUUCAUUGACCUUAGAACUAAUUGGCGCUGUUUGGAUGUUUAAG